AUGCACGUCACAUACAGCAACGGUAAAUCGGUGGGAUUCGGCACGAUCAUACGUCCUGAGGAAGCUGUUCUGCAACCGACUGUGACGUUCCAAACCCUAUCAGAAGAUAAAGCAUAUACGUUGAUGAUGUUUGAUGCCGAUGCUGAGGUGCCACUCGUCCGACACUGGACCAUUGCCAACAUUCAAGGCCGCGAUCCAACGCCUGCUUUUAACAGCAAUAGUCCGAUUCAUCAGUACACACCUUACCACGGGCCGACUCCUCCUGAAAACACAGGCUACCACCGAUAUAUCUUUACUUUAUUCGAACAAACGCAAUUCUCUCAAGUCUUACGCCCUGUGCUCGACUUCCCUAACCAGCAUCGAGCCUUUUUCAAUCUCACGGCGUUUAUCAAUGAAAACCAACUCAAGCCGGUGGCUGCUGCUUACAUGCUCGUCACGCACCAAGAUGGUUACGAAGGGGAAUAUAAACGUAUAAAUAGUGGACGGUUUAAGAGUGCGAGUGCAUCAACAUAG